UUUUGCACACAACCCACAGUGAAGAAAUCGAAGCCUCCGUUGCUUUGUCUCUCCGUAUAACCUAACUGUGUUUCUUCCUCCUCGUCGACAGCCACAACUCGCCACCAUCGGCCACCUCCUGCCACCACCAGCCCACCUUUCUUCCUCCUCGCCGACAGCCACAACCCUCCACCACCGCUCACCUCCCGCCACCACCGGCCCACAUUUAUUCCUCCUCGCCGAUAGCCACAACUCGCCACCACUGCCCACCUCCCGCCACCACCGGCGGCCACCCGCCACCCGCCACCUGCCACUGGGACAAGAUCCAGAUCUCAAAAAAAGGUGGAAGGAAUCUCUUGCCGCCGGCGACAAUGUCGGACCCAGCAUGGGCAUCAGAGAACGGCUAGGGCUAGGGUUUCAGUGAGCAGGGACGAUUCGCGGGAUCGAAAGUGGGUGCCUAGUGGAGAUAGGAAUUUUGGUAGUGAUAAUUUGGUGAGGAACUGGUUGAUCGAAAGUGGGCGACUAGCCGGUACGCUCCUGUUUUUGAGAUACACAAGGUGGAUGAUGAAGUUUUGCCAAUGUUGACCUUGGAGGAUCUCAAGGAUAUGGGUGUGGGGUAUAAAUGCUGUUGGGUCGAGGCGGAAAAUGUAUUCUGCAAUUCAAAAGCUUGGCAAGGGCUAUUCUUGAGAUUUUGCAUGGUGGUAGCAGCUCAAGAUUGCAGCCAUGGCAGAGAUGGAACAAAUGCAUGUCUUGGAUGGUUUAAGUCAAUUUCUGUGUUCUGACGAAGAGAAUGUAGUAGUUUCCGACGAUGAGAUUGAAGUAAGGGCGGACAAUGAAUGCACAUCAGAGGCUAGUGAGAUUGUGCCUACGGUUGGGAUGAAGUUUAGGGAUUAUAAUGAGAUUUUUGAAUUUUACAAGACAUAUGCUUAUAAUGUGGGUUUUCCUGUUAGAAAAAGAAAUUCAAAAAAGAAUGAUGAUGGGUCAUUGAAAUAUGUGACAUUUGCUUGCAGUCGGGAAGGCCGAAGAACUAGUGAUACAAGCAGUUCUUUGAAGCCUCAACCAACCAUUAAAUCAGGGUGUUUAGCUAGGCUAACAGCUGCGACAGAUGUGAUGGGAACAUGGCGUGUUACCAAAGUCAUUCUGGAGCAUAAUCAUAAACUAAGUCCUUCAAAAUCCAGGUUGUAUCGAUGUAAUCGACAAUUGACUGAACAAGUGAAACGAAAGCUUGAAGUAAACGACAUAGCUAGUAUUCCGAUGCACAAAAGUUACAAUUCAGCUGUCGUUGAAGCGGAUGGAUAUGAGAAUCUAUUAUUUGUCAAAAAUGACUGUAGAAACUACAUUGACAAGGUUAGGCGAUUAAGACUUGGGGAGGGAGAUGCAGCUGCGAUACAAGCCUAUUUUUCAAAAAUGCAAGCACAGUGUCCUGGUUUUUUCUUUAGUGUGGAUUUGGACGAUGAGUGUCGACUGAAGAACGUAUUCUGGGUCGAUAAUAGAUGUAGACAAGCAUACAAGGAAUUCGGCGAUGUUGUCACAUUCGAUACUACGUACUUAACGAAUAAAUAUGACACGCCGUUUGUCCUUUUUGUUGGUGUAAAUCAUCACGGACAUUUGACGUUGCUUGGAUGUGGUUUAGUAUCUAGUGAGGAUACCAAGACUUUUGUUUGGCUGUUUAGGACUUGGCUUGAGUGCAUGGAGGGUCAGGCGCCCAUUGGUAUAAUAACUGAUCAGGAUAGGGCUAUGCAAAAUGCCAUUCAAAUUGUUUUUCCGAACACGAGACAUAGAUGGUGUUUAUGGCACAUACUAAAAAAAUUGCCUGAAAAAUUUGGAGGCUACGCUCAUAAGAGUUCAAUACUCUCAGCUAUACAUGAAGUGGUCUACGAAUCGCAAAGUCCGGAAGAAUUCGAACGGGGUUGGAGUUUAUUGAUUGAUAUGUAUACAUUACAUGACAAUGAUUGGUUGUCCGAGCUUUUCAGAGAAAGAGGUCGUUGGGUACCUUGUUUUUUGAGAACAAGUUUUUGGGCUGGAAUGUCAACAACGCAGCGGAGUGAGAGUAUGAAUGCGUUUUUCGAUGGAUAUGUCAACUCGAAAACCUCGUUGAAGCUAUUUGUUGAACAGUAUGAGCGGGCUUUGAGGUGUAAAGUUGAAAAUGAGUUCCAGGCAGAUUUUAAGUCGUAUUCACAGAUGGUACCAUGUGCAACUAGGUAUUGUAUGGAGAAACAGUUCCAGGAGGUUUACACAAUUUCAAAAUUCAAAGAAUUUCAAGAAGAGCUCACUGGAAAAAUGUAUUGUGAUAUUAUCUCUACCGAGGUUGGCUAUCUUGGAACUAGGUACGAAGUCCAAGAAGAUAUCAUAUUUAACGAAACAACGAAGAGAAAGAGAUUUACAGUUAUGUUUGAGGGAGAGAAGUGUCAUAUUGUUUGCAGUUGUCACUUGUUCGAGUUUCAAGGGAUACUUUGCAAACAUGCUCUAUCAGUAUUGAUCCGAAACGAUGUGAAAUUGAUUCCCGAUAGUUAUAUCUUGAGAAGAUGGAGGAAAGAUGUGCGUAGAGCAUACACAAGGGUCAAGAUCAAUUACAAUGGUUGGGUUAACACUCCUGAGCAAGUAAGAUACGAUCAAUUGCAAAGUUUAUUUGCCAAUGUGGCAAAUUUGGUAGUAGAUGAUAAGGAACGCACCCGCGAGUUAAUGGAGUUGCUUGAAAAUCAAAUGAACGACCUGACCAUAUCAAGACUGAGAACAACUUGUGGCAGUAAUCUCCUUUCCCAAGGCAGUGUUCAGAGUGCCUCUGAUUGUGGCAAAGUUGCCAGGACAUCAUCUGGUCUCAUUUUGGAUCCGCAUUGCACGAAAACAAAGGGAGCUCUUAGAAAACUUCAUCAAAAGGGGCCAAUGGAAACAAGUACCAAGAAACAUAAGUCAAGCAAAGGAAAACGCCCAAUGGAAAAUAAUGCACAACCUGGUCAAGUCCUAAUACAAGCAGCACAAGAAGUAGUAAAUCUCGUGCUAAAAUUUCUUAGACCUUUAUGGAGUGAAUUGGGUACCGACUUAUCAAGUGAGUCAACCAUUGAUGCCAACCUAUGUACCACAUCGACGUCCUGAGGAAGACGAGGUGAGGAUAGAGCUGAUGAACACCGGUUUGCUCAAAGAGAGGCCGCCUUGACUAAAUUCUGUCAGAAGAGGAAGGAAAGCGGUUUGUGCUUUAAUCGUAUUUAUUGUUUUUGCUUUUGCUUUGUGGUUAAGACUGAUAGUCUAUACUGGAUUAUCUUAAUUCCUAAUUAAUUUUGCAAAUUUGGGGAAAAAUUCGGAUGGCCUAGAUGUGCCCCUUAGCAAUUUAAGAUGUUCUUGUGACAACAGUUCAUGGACAAUGUUUAGUUGCUUGCCUUUUUCGGUUUGUGCUAUUUGCUAUGCGCUUCUAAAAUUAGUAUUCAACACUGACAUUUUGAAUGACAAUGGAACGAACUAUAA